AUGGAAGAAGAGCCGGACCAGGCCAUCGAUCCGAGUCCAAACGAUGCUGAGGAGCGACAGCAGCAGACGAACCUCAACAAAGCGUGUGAGGCUUGCCGUGGAUCCAAGCUACGAUGCAUUAUCGACCCAACCUCUUCAGACGGGAGCUGCAAGAGAUGCGUAGCAACAGGUCGCACGUGCGUGUACAAGGCGCCCCGAGUGCGACAAAGACGAAAGGUCCACGUCGACGUCCGUGUCGCCGAGCUGGAGAGACAGCUUCGAUCUCUGCGAAUGCAGCUGCAUCAAGCGCAGCAUGGCCUAGCUAGCAGUCCUCCAGCUGCGAACCCCGGGCCCCCAGUUACCAGUACAUUGAGGUUUGAGGCGCCAGUGACCCCUGCAUCAUGGCCGAAGAAAGCGACUGCCGCAUCCGACGACCUCAUACCGAACGAUCGAGUUCAUCGUUCGCCGCCAGAUACUCCGGACGAGGAGAUUGUACAGUCCAUCAACGCGCCCUGCGAUGAUGUAGUCCAGCGUCAAAUUCUCACUUGGGAGAACGCAGACCGUCUCGUUCACGUCUACCUCACCGACUUCGCCACGCACUACCCAUUCGUCUGCCUCCCUUGCUUCACCGACACGGAGACCUUCAGAAGGAAUCGACCAGCCACUUUUCUAGCGGUGGUUGCAGCCGCCAGUGGCACUUCUUCCCCAAAGCUGAACAAAAUCCUCUGCCAUGAACUUCUUGCCUUGCUUGCCAAGAGGAUAAUGUUGGAAGGAGAGCACAAUUUGGAUAUCAUCCAGGCGAUGAUCAUCAUGACCAUUUGGUAUACACCGAUGGAAAAGUUCGAAAGUCUGCGACAGUAUCAGUUCGCUCACUUGGCCGCGACGAUAGCCAUGGAUAUUGGGCUUGGAGAUGAAUCUGCCGCUGCCGACAAUGAGAAUAUAUCGGACGAUUUGGACCGCCGACGAACUCUACUCAGUAUCUACAUGCUAUGUACAGGCAUCAGCGUUCAAACGGGGAGGCCAAAGAUGCUUCGCUUCACCAAUUACAUGCAGCGCUGCAUAGACCGUUUGAAGUCACAAGACAGCAUAUCUCACCAAGAUCAAUGGUUCCUGGCUUGGGUCGAGCUGCAAAGACUGACAGAAACAGCCGCCGAUGUCUUCUUCACAACGCCAACGGAUAUUUCACUGCCCGCAAACCAGCAAGCGGUGGCGGAGUUCUGUCACAAACUCGACGAAUGGAGACACGAUUUGCCGAUCAACUUGGAAGGAGCCCUCGAGAUCCACUACCAUUACGUGCGCUCGAUGGUACUCUGCGUGUGUCUGUACGUAGACCACGACUUGGCGGAUUUCCGCCCUCCUUUCCGAGUGCGUGCAUUGAACAGACAGGCCGCGCCAUCAGCUCCCAUGACGCCAUUUCUUGCACGAACGACCAUCGCUUUGGUGGAGACGGUGCAUUCCGCAAUAGACGCCUUUCUGUCGUUUAGUAGUAUCGAACUGCUUGCAGCUCCAAUGAUCUACUACAUUCGCACCCUCCACCCACUUUCCAUCCUCCUCAUGCUAGACAUCGCCUGCCGCCGCCCAGAAAAUGAAAUGGCCAAGAUCAUUGACCAAGACACGUUGCGAGUUGGGGAGUACUUCCACGCCCUCCAGCGAAUGCUCUCGCCCUACGAAUCCGAGACGCAACGGACUCCCGCCAAAUUCCUAGCCAUCAUCAAACGAAUGGAAACAUGGUGGCAGAGCCAAAGCGAGCAAUCGAGCGACCACGCUCGUGAUUUGCGACCCUUUGCGAAACUCACGGUGCCGAACGAACAGCACACAUCGCCUGCCACGACGGAGAAUAGCACGAGCCCGGUAGAAAGUUUCAACGAUAUCGACUCCUCGCACUUCGCCGGGAGAAUGCCAAUGGGUGCUGCAAACAAUCUGCGGACGGACGCGCAGACGUCCUCCUUUGACGAGAGUAGCCUAUUCAUGGACAACUGGGUAUUCGACAUGGACCAAGAUCCUGCGAGUCUCCUCAUGCCUGAGAUUGACUGGUCGUUGUUUGAGAGUCCCGUGCUGCUUAAUGCCAAUGGAUGA